GGCUCGGUGUCUAACAUGAAGCAGGGGCUUCUGGGAAGACAAGCCGUGGCAGGGCCGAUUGAUCCUGCAGGGUGAAGUCAGCGGGAAGGGAACGCUGUCCUGACAGGCUCCUCACACCUGUGACAGGAGGCCGAGCUGGUGUUUGAGUGCGGAGCAGAAGUGCAGCAACAACAUGGUCUGACCUCUGACGCCCCCCCUCGGCUCUCCCCGUCGGACCCUGUGACCCUCCUCUGUGACCCAGUAUGAAGCUGUACAGGAAGUGGUUGCUGGUGGUUCUGUUGGUCUGGCUCUUCCUCUUCCUGUCCCUGCUCUUUCACUUCCUGGACCUCAGAUCCUCCUUGCUGCUUAGGUCCAGAUCAGCUGCAGAGUCUCGACUCACCAGGACAGAAAUCGGCCUGGCCUCCGUUAAUGGGGGGACCAGGAUUGGCCGCUGGUCCCGGAAACCUGCUGGAGUCUCAGAGAAGAACUGGAAGAGGAGGAGGACUGACUACAGGUCCAGGUCUAAGGAUUACUACAGGUCCAGUUCUAUCAAGAUCCUGCAGAGACUAUGGACCGGGAAUCUGACAGCGGGGAUGCUUAGUCCUCGUCUCCAGAAGAUCCGAAUGAUCCAGCUGAGCUCCAACAGGCACCAGGUGGUGUACCGGGGGCCAAAGGGGGGCCGCAAGUCCAGUCUGCAGUUGUACUGCGAGCUGAAGAGGAGAACCAGGAUCCGGACUGUGGACGGGAUCGAGGAGCCGUUCUCCAGUCUUGGCUGGGAACGGCUGGUGCCUUCGCUGCCCCUGCAGGAGCUCCGGACGUCUCAGUAUCAGACCUGCGCUGUGGUGACAUCAGCCGGAGCAAUUCUCAACUCAUCACUGGGGAGGGAGAUCGAUUCCCAUGAUGCAGUGCUUCGCUUCAACGCUGCUCCCACCAAAGGCUUCGAGAGAGACGUGGGGACCAAGACCACCUUCCGCCUCAUCAACUCCCAGAUCGUAGCUCGGCCCAAACAUCAGUUCAACAGCAGCUCGUUGUAUCAGGACGUCGCUCUGCUGGUCUGGGACCCGGCUCAGUACUCCUCCAACCUGACGAAGUGGUUCCAGAAGCCGGACUUCGAUCUGUUCUCGGGGUACGUUGAACGCCGUCGCCGCCAACCUGAGCAGCCAUUUUACGUCCUCCACCCAGAAUUCAUCUGGAACCUGUGGGACCUGAUCCAGGACAACACUGAGGACCAGAUCCAACCAAACCCGCCCUCAUCAGGGUUCACAGGUAUCCUGUUGAUGAUGUCAUUGUGUCGUGAGGUCAGCGUGUACGAAUUCAUCCCGUCUGUCCGUCAAACUGACCUGUGUCACUAUUACGAGCAGUACCACGAUGACGCCUGUACACUGGGGGCCUAUCACCCUCUGCUGUACGAGAAGCUGCUGAUCCAGAGGAUCAACCAGGGCCACCGAGACCAGCUGAAGAGGAAGGGCAAGGUCACGCUGAGGGGGUUCAGCGCCAUCCAGUGUGGGUCAUGAUCCAGAAUUAACAAACUGAGGGGGUUCGGGACUGUCCAGUGUGGGUCAUGAUCCAGGUUUAACAAACUGAGGGGGUUCGGGACUGUCCAGUGUGGGUCAUGAUCCAGGUUUAACAAACUGAGGGGGUUCAGGGUCGUCCAGGGUGGGUCAUGAUCCAGGUUUAACAAACUGAGGGGGUUCAGGGUCGUCCAGUGUGGGUCAUGAUCCAGAAUUAACAAACUGAGGGGGUUCGGGACUGUCCAGGGUGGGUCAUGAUCCAGGUUUAACAAACUGAGGGGGUUCAGGGUCGUCCAGGGUGGGUCAUGAUCCAGGUUUAACAAACUGAGGGGGUUCAGGGUCGUCCAGUGUGGGUCAUGAUCCAGGUUUAACAAACUGAGGAGGUUCAGGGUCGUCCAGUGUGGGUCAUGAUCCAGGUUUAACAAACUGAGGAGGUUCAGGGUCGUCCAGGGUGGGUCAUGAUCCAGGUUUAACAAACUGAGGGGGUUCAGGGUCGUCCAGUGUGGGUCAUGAUCCAGGUUUAACAAACUGAGGGGGUUCAGGGUCGUCCAGUGUGGGUCAUGAUCCAGGUUUAACAAACUGAGGGGGUUCAGGGUCGUCCAGGGUGGGUCAUGAUCCAGGUUUAACAAACUGAGGGGGUUCGGGACUGUCCAGGGUGGGUCAUGAUCCAGGUUUAACAAACUGAGGGGGUUCAGGGUCGUCCAGUGUGGGUCAUGAUCCAGGUUUAACAAACUGAGGAGGUAAUGUAGUGACUUAGUUUGUGAGUCAUUGCAUUAUGUGGCCGUUCUUUUGCCUCCAGAAGACGUGGACACCUUCAUCACUACCUCCUCCCACGCCUUCUGCACCUGAUGGAGCUUUGGUGGCAUUAUUGAUCUUGACUUUUAGGAGCAGAUCAGUUUCUUCACAUGAAAUCUGUUCUUUCCGGCUCCGUAAAUCCGCCUUUAUCAUAGCAAUGUUCAUAUUUGUUUUUACAGUUUCUACUAGAAAAUAUUUACAUGCUAUGUUUAAAAAACACAUUAUUUUUCAUCCUCUGGAUGAAUACUCAGUUUUAGCUCCCCUUCUCUGUUGUAUGUUACCGGUUACUAACUACUGCUAUCAGCAGUAGCUACUCAGUUAGCUGUGCAGCUAGCCGUCCGGUUGCUGAUUAGCACAGACGCUCUGGACCGCUUGUUCAGAGCCUCCUGAAAACUGCAGCUACCGUUAACUAUAGUGUUAGCAACAAGUAAAGCUAUCUGUCCUUCAGGAAACUUUAUAAAACACAGAGUUGAGGCAGAGCAGCCAGAGGACAUCAGAGGGAAAAACAGAAAAUACUUUCCUUAAGAAUCAUAACAAAACUUUCUGUGAGACACUGAACUGAAUCUGCAGCUCCGUGAGCUCGAGUGACCACUUCUCUGCAAUGUGGGCUGGUUUAUGGAAAAUUUGGGGGCAUUAAAGAGCCCAGAUUAUACAUCAUAUCUAGAGCUUGUUGGCAAUUGUCCGUUUUUCCAGGGUCUUUUGCAUGUGAGAGAUUAACAUAUGAAGGAGGAAACAAUGGAGACUGAAACACUUUAAUACCAAGGUAAAUACAGUUUUCCAUCCUAUGGCACCUUUAAAAGGAAAGGGAGAUGACACUCUGGUUUGUUUAUUGCAUGUUGAAUUUAUUUGUCUUAGACAACUAUGUAAUCAGGACAGAUAUUUUGUUGGGUUGGGGUUUUACGAUGAUGCUAUUGAUGUUUUAUGUACUUUCAAUAAACUUACUAAAUAAAAUG